AUGAGAGUAGGGUUUUUCAAACGUAGCACUGACGACAGGUGGCACGGCCUUAGGCAGGAAAGUGACGCAGCCGAGGGGGACGCCGACGGGCGUGAAGAGUCUAAGGGGCGCGGAUACACUGUACGUGGAAGGGAGAACGAUACCAACCUAUUCGUAUCUCCAGUUGCUGUCGUCCAGUACUCUAAAAGUCGUCGCGAGGUCAUGGAAGCUCGAGCGAUCACGUUGAGAGAGUUAGCUGCCCGGAUCAGUCCCAUUGUCACACAACUCCGUCAGCUUCGCCACCCUUGGAAUCAAGUUUUUCCGGUGGUUUCUGGGGAUGCCGGUGGAUCUGACUGUGAGCUCGGCGAUGCCGUGAAGCGGGCGAUGAGAAACCCCCCCGUCCGUCCCUCCAAACCCUCUGGCGAGCCGGUGCCGCUGCACGGAGGCAGAAGCAGUGCGCCUUCGAAGAAAAGUGUCUCUGGUGUAGUUCACGCCCCUACGAAAGAAGGGCGCCCAUCACAGCCGCAUCUACUGCAAAUGGCUUCUUCAUUGCCGAAGGUGGAAUCCAAAGCCGCGCAUGCCUCGCGAUCAUCCGCGGCCAGCUACUUGGUGACGGUCGACAGAGGUAACCAGGACGGGAGUCAUAGAGAUGAGGAGCGCGGCCGAAACUCUACGUCGCCACAGGCAAACAGGCUUGUAGACGAUCGACAGCCUGGCAAUGAACAUCGGAUUGUAGGAGGGCAUGGGACAAAGCGUGCCGCGAAGCAUGGGCAGUCCACUAGCGGUUCACGGACGGAGGAAGCCCGAACGAGGGAAAGAGGGAUCGGUGCCGUGCGGCGGCGGAAAAAGCGCCAGCAACAGGACCUUUCUGUUGGAGUGCCGAAAGAAGUCAGCGAGAUUCCUGGACUCGACCCGCAUGGCAACAGCUACAGAAAAGCUGCUGCAAGCAUAAUUGCACCUGCACAGUUCUCUCUCGAAGCGUCGCUCCGAACUGCGCGUGAUGCGCUCAAGAUGCCUGAGUCUAAGGAAGUAUCUCUCGCUGCGCUUCAUGAAAGUGGCGAGACGGUCAAUGAAGAUGACUGGAUACUAAGACCCAUUGGAGACACCAUGUGCGAAACGUUUGAGACCAAACGGACAAAGCACGCAUUCAACACGCACGGGAAGCGUGUAAUGAAACCUUGUGGGUUUGGGCAUUAUUUCGCGGUCACCCGCCAAGUGAUGGCCAAAGGCGUAUGCCUUCUGAAAGUCAAUCGGAAAGUCUUUAUCCAAAUGUGUGACAUAUCAGAAUCAAAGUUUAAGAAAGCUAUGCUAGAAUCUCACGCGGAGAAACGUGCACUCGUGGGCGUCCCUCCACUGGCAUGGAAGAGGAGAUCGCCCGACACAUGCUACAGCACCUGA